AUGAGUGAUGAUGUGCUUGGAGAGUCGAACAAGCAGCCAGAGCAGCCAGAACAGCCAGAAGAGAAACCAAAGCGGUCACGGCUAGUGAUACACCAGCUAGCACUUAUAAAUUUCAAAUCAUUCGCGGGUACUCAGGUUAUUGGACCAUUUCAUAAAUCAUUCUCCUCUAUCGUUGGACCAAAUGGAAGUGGAAAGAGCAACACUAUCGACGCGUUACUCUUCGUUUUCGGUUAUCGUGCCAACAAGAUGCGUCAAUCGAAGCUAUCUGAGUUGAUACAUAACAGCGCAGAACACCCAAAUUUUGAUCAUUGCGCUGUGGAGGUUCACUUCAGGGAGAUUUUCGAUGAGCCUGGCAGCGAGGAUUUCCAAAUUGUACCCAAUAGCCAGCUUGUUGUUACUAGAAUGGCAAUGAGGAACAAUCAGUCAAAGUAUUUGAUCGACGGCGAAUCUUCCAACUACGCUACCGUCACAAACCUCCUCAAAGGCAGAGGCAUCGACCUUGAUCAUAAUAGAUUCCUCAUUCUACAGGGCGAGGUUGAAUCCAUCGCUCAAAUGAAAAGCAAAGCCCCUUCUCCGCAUGAGGAUGGCUUGCUUGAGUACCUUGAAGACAUCGUUGGCACAGUCACCUACAAGCAGCCCAUCGAGGACAGCCUGGUCGACAUGGAUAAGCUCUCUGAUGAGCGCAGUGAGCGUCUCAGUAGACUUCGUAUCGUUGAAAAGGAGAAGGAUCGUUUAGAGGGUCACAAAGAUGAGGCUGAGUCUUAUCUCAAAGACUGCAAUUCUGUAGCUCGUAAGAAAAACGUUCUCUACCAACGCUAUCUCUUCGAUCUUACAAACAACAUCUCCGUGUGCAAUGAACACCUCCAAGAAAUCUCAACCCAACUCCACUCGGAAGAAUCCAAAGUCUCAGGUCGUAAAGAUGCUCUCUGCGACCUCGAAGCUGAACACAAACGUCUCGAGAAGGAGUGCAAGGGUAUGGAAAGUGAGAUGAAGCGUAUAACAAAGUCGCACGAAGACAAAAACAAAGAGAAUGUAAAACUCGACGUUAAGAUGAAAGAUCUCAAUAGCAAGAUUAAAAAGCUGAAAAAGUCUCUGGCGGAUGACUCGCACGCACACAAGACAGCUCAACACAAUAUCACCGAGCUCACUGAGGAGAUGGAGAAAGCUCGCGCUGAGACUGAGAGUCAUGAGGCUGGCUUAGGCGCAGAGGAAGGAAAGCUAGAAUCUAUCAUAGAUUCACUGAAAGGCAAAACACAAGUUUUCACUGAUCAGAUCGAAUCGAAGCAGAAAGAGCUGCAGCCAUGGCAAGCCAAGCUGUCCGACCUGCAGACGAAGAUUGACGUUGCAGACUCUGAGCGCGACCUCCUCUCAUCCAAGGCCGAUAGUGCGCAAAAAGCUGCUGCAGAAGCGGAUGAGCAGCUGCAAGCAGUCAAGGAUCAAGUUGAAACGAAGAAAUCGUCUGCUACUGACAUCCAAUCGGAACGUCAGCGAGUAUCCGCUGAGAUGAGCCAACUUGAAUCACAAUUGAGCGAUUUGAGAAAAGAAGAAGGGAAUAUGCGUCGCCAUCUCAGCCAAGCACGCCACAAAGCCGAUGAGGCGCGUUCUUCACUCACUGCAAACCGCUCCCAAGAUGCUGUGUUGGCAAGUCUGACACGGUUGCGGGACACAGGUCGAGUUUCUGGCUUUCAUGGCCGCUUGGGCAGCUUGGGAGUGAUUCACGACAAGUACGACAUUGCAAUAACGACGGCCUGCGGAGGGCUAAAUAAUUUCGUCGUCGAUACAGUGCAAGCUGCGCAGACAUGCAUUGCUCAUCUCCGUGAGAAUAAUGUCGGUAGAGCUACUUUCAUAGUGCUGGAGCAACUUGCCGGUAAAACGCCAGUAAAGUUAGCUACACCGGAGGAUGCGCCGCGUCUGAUUGAUCUUGUUCAGCCGCGCAAAAAGGAGUACAUACCGGCGUUCUACAAGGCACUCGGAAAUACACUCGUAGCGCAAGACCUUACGCAGGGCAACCGCAUCGCCUAUGGAAAAAACAGAUGGCGUGUCGUUAGUUUGCAGGGCAAUGUUAUUGAGGCAUCGGGAGCAAUGUCGGGUGGUGGACAGCGGGUCUUGCGCGGCGGAAUGGGCUCGUCUUUCGCUAACCCUACCGACACCGUGACGAUGGAUACCGUCAAUCAGCUAGAGAGCGAGCGCGAAAAAGUUGAGGAGAAGCUCAGAGAGAUUUUAGAGAAAGUGGCCAGUAUUGAAAACGAAUGUGGCGGACUGAGAAAGCUUGCGCCUGAGCUCGAAAUUCAGGCUGAAAAGGCUGAACUCGACCAGGCUACUUUCACGAAACGGAUAAGCGAGGCUGAAAAACAUGCGAGGAAGAUGAAAGAGGAGAGUAAGCCAGAUGCUGGAGAUUCGAAACGUAUCAAGUCACUCGAUACGGAAAUGAGCAAGCUGAAGAAAGAGGUAGAUAAGCUGGUGGACAAGACAUCAUCAAUUGAAAGCGAGAUAGAACAGCUCCAGGAGAAGAUAUUGGAGGUCGGUGGUGUCAAGCUGCGCGCGCAGAAAAGUAAAGUCGACUCAACCAAGAUGAUGAUGGGUUUGUGUAGUGAGCGCAUAACCAAGGCUGAGGUUUCACUGUCCAAGUCUAAUAAAGACAUUAGUCGUUACGCGAAGAGCGUCAAGGAUAAUGAGAAGAAACUCGCCAAAUUGGAAGAGGAGAUUAGUGCAGUGAGCGAGAAAAACGAUCAACAACUGUCGAAGGCUAAGGGAGUGAGAAGUGAGGUUGACAAAGUGAGAGAUGCGCUGGAAGGAAAGCAGGAGGAGUUGAAUGAAGUCAAGGCGCAGCUUGAUAAUGAGGCAUUGGCUAUGCAGUCGUUCAACGCUCUCGAGACGGACCUGAAAGGACAGAUGGAUGAGACGACCAACAUACUCAAGGAUUCUGAAAAUAAAAUAGGUAUCUAUAGAGAACGACUGGGCAAACUUACAUUGCAAGAUGUGGACGAUGAGGAGGAACAGGAGUCUGCGCUAGCUCAAUCGGAUGAACCUUCAAUCCAGCAAGAGGGUGAAGGUGAGGGUGAUGAAAAGAUGGAAGAGGAUGAAGCAUCAUUACCACAACCACAGCCAACACAGACAAAGCAACCACCUAAACCAGCGUCUGCACAGCUUGAAACAUACUCGCAGGAAGAAAUCCAAGAAAUACAGCUGGAUGUGCUUAAGAAGGAGAUAGUACGAGCCGAAGAUAAGGUGGAGAAGUCAACGGUGAAUCUAGAGGUGCUAGCAGAAUACAAAUCGCGCAAAAAGGAAUACAGAGAUCGAGCUGCUGAUGUCCAGGAUGUGACUCGUCGUAGAGAUGAAGCUAAGAGCACAUACGAUGAGCUGCGUAAAAAGCGAUUGGAUGAGUUUAUGCAUGGGUUCACGAUAAUAUCAUCCAAAUUGAAAGAGAUGUACCAGAUGAUAACACUCGGUGGUAAUGCCGAGCUUGAGCUAGUUGAUUCACUGGAUCCAUUCAGCGAGGGCAUCAUCUUCUCGGUCAUGCCGCCAAAGAAGAGUUGGAAGAAUAUCAGUAAUCUUUCUGGUGGUGAAAAGACAUUGAGCUCGCUGGCCUUAGUGUUUGCGUUGCAUGCAUAUAAGCCCACGCCACUCUACUUUAUGGAUGAGAUUGAUGCGGCCCUCGAUUUCAGAAAUGUGUCGAUUGUGGCAAACUAUAUCAAGGACAGGACGAAAGAUGCGCAGUUCAUUAUCAUAUCGUUGAGGAAUGAUAUGUUUGAAUUGAGUAAUCGACUUGUUGGUAUUUACAAGACGAUGAAUGCGACCAAGUCGCUAACAAUCGCUAAUACCAACUUGUAA